CACUGGCUACACUGUGUGCAAAAUUACGUCUUAGUGAAUUAUUGUAAACAAAGAGAGCCGGCAGUUCCACUAAAAUUAUUUUCUUAACUUGUUGCUUUGCAGUGACUUCUUUAUCACAAAAUUUAAUUCGAACAGAAGGUAAGAGUCUAAAGUAUAAUUAGAUAUUAGAAUGAAAAGCGGAUUCUUAACAAAGAAAUAGAAUUUUGCUCGGUUCAUCGCUGUACGCAGACAAAAAAUUGUAUAUAAUUUGACUCCAUGAUAACAUAAUAAAAUAAACGGGAUUUAUUGUUUCAUAAUAAGAAGAAGAUGAAGAACCGACUUAUUUUCGUCCCUGCCCCAUGUAUUAGCUAUACAAAACCAAAGAAAAGGCAGGCUACUAGAUGAUUUUUCAAUAGAUGUUUACAUUAAAGUUUGCACUACUACUGGAGUGAUCUCUGCAAUAUAUGCAUCGACAGCACUUGUACUAAUACAACUGUGAAUCCGAAGAUAAAUUUCGUAUAACAAAUCGCGGAGUCAGAUUAUAAACAAAUUAAUAAAUAGCAUUGACUGGGUGUGGACUGAUACACACGAUCACACAGCGCAUUUUUUUUAAUAAUUCGUUUUCGGGCAUUUCAUAUUGAAUCUUGCGUAUUGCGUCUAUAUUUCUAAUAAAACAACGAAGAAAAAUGGAUCCGUUUGAGGUUGCAAUGAAUAAAGCCCUUCAAAAAUUGGCUGCGGAUAUCAUCCCAAGUGAUGAUGCAAAAGUCUGCGCCGACAAAAUCAUCAAAUUGCUUCAAACAAAAAGUAAAUUUGAUGUUGGUCGUGUUUGCAUUGCCGGUAGCAUCGGUAAAAAAAUAACAAUCAUCGGUUCAGAUAUUGAUUGCGUAUUGUUCAUCAAUGACGAACGGCCCAUGUUCGGAGAUGUUUUAGAUGACUUUGAAAACAUUCUCACCAUGACGGAUUCCUUCAAUAUAAGAGAUGUGCACAAAACGAAACAUUCAAUUCAAUUCAAAGCUUUGGGAUUCGAGUUCGAUAUUUUGCCAGCAGCGAAUUUUACCAAUGGUCUUCAGCUUCAAGGUGAUGCCUUGAUCAACACUCAGCAGCAACGAGUUUUGGCAUACAUCAAAAAGGACCCAAAAAAGUACGGCUACAUGUAUUCCAGUUCGUUGACGGAUGCAGUAAUACGCUUCAUGAAGCGACAAGAUGGUUUCGUUAACGAAAUGGUGCGCAUUGCAAGGUUUUGGUAUAAAACUUUGCAUUUCAACGAUUAUGUAUCAGGUGCGAAAACGUUGAUUGAACUAGUUGCCGUGUACGCAGCAAAGAAAGAACAAAACAUGGAAACCAAGUCUUAUCUAAGAUCUUUCAAACGUUUCAUUGAUUAUUUGAAAAAUUUCGAACAUUUGAAAUUUAGGUGAAAUGUUCGAAAACAAUCCAACAAAAAUACAAUGGUUGGUUAGCACUGAAACUUUUUCCAGGCUUCCUGAUUUAAAAGUUCGCAAUGAACAAUUCCACACAGAUCAUAAACUUUGGGGUGGUUUGGAAAAUAUUAGGAAGUAUUUCCAGUUUGCGAUACUUUCAUCAAGGGCAUCAAGCUGUGACGAAAGUCAAACAAAGGAAAUUGUUCAAAAUACGAUUUCAAGACAAAUUUACAAUAGUAAAGUGACAUGGGUUUCAGCUGAGGGAGAAAAACACGAAGACUAUGACGUUACAUUUACAAUUCCAUCGUCGAAUGAAAGAGCAGUUCGUAUUAGUUAUCGAUUGUGAACCUGUCUGUCACUUUUUUCAUCUACUUUCUAACGAUUUUAAGACAAAACAAAUUGACGUGGUCUUCAGCGAAAACUGUAAUUACUGUUCAAAAGGCAGCUCGUGUUGUUUUCGUUUAUAAACGUUUUUUUAUAUCUGUUAUUCUAUUUUUUUCAUAAGAACGAAAUCAUUUUUUUACAUUAAAUGUAACUCAUUAACCAUUUUCUAAUAGAUGUUUAAGAAAACAUAUAUAUUACUCAAAAACAAUAUUUUAACCAGCUCAGCUUUAUCAUCAACAAACUAUCUUUGUUCAAAAGAUAGAAUAUUAAGAAAAAAAUGCUCUAGUGCCAGCAAAUCGAAGCACUUUUUAUGUUAAGAAAACUUUUUGAAGUUUGAUUCUGAUUAAUUUAAGCAUAUUUUCAUACAAAAGUGUAAGCAUUGCAUUUAUUGCAUUUUAUUUUGUAUCUGAAUAAAACAAAAAAAAAAACAUUGAAAAA